UCGCGAUCCAACGGCCGCGGGCGCCGCCUCCCGACCAUAUAUAGCAACCAAACCGAGACAAGGCUCCUGUCUCGAUCCAGCAAGGCGUUCGAUCUGAAGCAGGCAACAACAGUAGUCAUCUAGGCAUCUAGCUAGCCUCGAUCCACAUCCCUGCUGCUACGAUCAACAACACGGGGAUGGCCAGUUUCAACUUCGCCGUGCUCGACCUCGCGGACGGCGAGUCUGGGGAGGCCGCGGUGUCGGUCGUCCUCGCCAAGGCGAAGGCCCAGGCCGUGGCCGACGCCAAGAAGACCAUUGCCGGCUUCGAGAAGGAGAAGCCGAUCGCAAAGAAUAAUAUAUACUUCACCAAACUUCAGCACGACAACGGUAUUAGAAAUAUUUUGCACGAGAUCAAGAGUUUGAGAGAGGCACUCACAAAGCUGAGAGCAGAGGAAACGAAGCUGAAGGAGGAUGGAAUCUUGUCGGCGGAGCAAAGGAAGCUCCGUCUCAUGCCUUUGUGGGAAGAUCAAAGGAAGCUGAGGCAGCACCAGAGGAAACUGAGGGACCAGGAAGCGAAGUUGAGGUCUCUGCGGAAAGAAUUUUAUUUGGAGCAUAGAUUCCCUCUCGGUGCUGGCGAAGAAGACACCCGAGUCCAUGAUCAGGGUGUUGAUAAUGUCAACGGCACCUGUAAUGCUGAUGGAGGAAGAGCACAUGUGUACCGUGAGUACAACAGUAAUGGUGGCAGGCAGGGAUACCCUAAGAGGAAGGUUCAGAGGUACGUUGUUAAGGCCAAGCAGCCAUCGUCCUCUGGUGCUCCCACAGAUCAGGUUCAUCACACGCCUGAGGAUAAGGUCACCUCUGAUUCUGGAUCAGAGGCUCCUGUAGAGAUUGCUCAGGACGAAACCGUCACUUCGACCAAUGCGGACGCCGCACCCGCGUCUGGUAUAGCAGGAGCUGCAGCAAGUAACAACGGACAAAGUGGCCCAAGACCAAGAACGUUUCUUCCAAAGGAGAAGCUCAAUGGCUCUAUGAAAAGGAAGAAGAAGAAUGCGAACGGCGGCAAUGAAGUAGACAAAGCAAAGAAGCAAGGUUCGUCCGAGACUGAUCUUUUGAAGAAGGCUGACAAGGAACAACUGACAGCCUAUCCAAUGGAGGAGGAGAAAAAGACCCUGGUUGAGUAUGAGAGAAUUCAUGAAGACAAGAAGAAGUCUUCAGUUGAGGCAUCAAGAUCUGCCGAGGUGAGGAAGGUCUCCGCCGAUGAAUUCGAGGGCCUCCGGAUGUUGGAGAGGAAGAAGCUUGACGAUGACUCAGGUGUCAUGAAGGCAGAAAAGGUUCAACACAAGGCUAAGGAGACCAGGAAGAAGGAAGGGAAGGAUGCUGACGAUGCCAAGCCUAAGAAGGUUGUCAUCCCCAUGAAAGAUCUCUCCUUUCAGCCGCCAAGGCGCGCUUUUCUACUGGAAGAUGGCACUUCCAACGGUGGUGGCCUCCGCCCUCGUGGCCGCUUCAAUGACGGCGGCUUCCAGUCCCGCAGCCGCGACAACAGCACCGACUCCCGGGUUCGUGCUGGCCGUGGUGGCGCCAAUGGCAGGGCGUUCCAGAACGAGGAUGACAACUGCGACAAAGUUGCUCCGAGGGGCGGCUACCACUACCACCACAACCAGGGCGGCAACCACAACGGCGGCGGCUACCAGCGGCACGCAGGCAAUGACAACUACCGGCCACGGGGACGUGGCUACUCCGGCAACGGCCGCUACCCUCCCCCUGCCCCCAAGCCCUUGGUCGUCGACGACAUGGAUUUGUUCCCGCCGCUACCAGCCUCUGCUCCACCCCGAGCUGCCGCACCGGCGACCGCCCCCGCACCCGCACCCGCACAGUCCUAGUCGAACGACUAGUCGCUUCCUUUUAUUUAUUCGUUUGCUGAGGAUUGUGGAGAGACGAACAUGGGAGGAGGUACUCCUCGAAUUUGUAGCGGAUGGUAUAAUAUUUAUAGUAUAGGUAUAGAAAAUAUUAUUUACAUUUAUAUAUAAAUA